CGGAGAAACCAAAUUUAGUGUUAGAGGGAGUGCAGAAUAUUCUAGUGAGAGCAUAGGCUAUUAUAUUUCUCGUACUAAAUUGUAAUAACUCAAACAAGCCAUGGGCGUAGAAAUUGAGACAAUCUCUCCAGGAGAUGGAAGAACAUUUCCAAAGAAAGGGCAGACGUGUGUUGUGCACUAUACAGGCAUGCUGCAGAACGGGAAGAAGUUUGAUUCCUCCAGAGACAGAAACAAGCCUUUCAAGUUUAAGAUCGGCAGACAAGAAGUAAUCAGAGGCUGGGAAGAUGGAGUAGCUCAGAUGAGUUUAGGUCAGCGAGCCAAGCUAACCUGCACACCAGACAUGGCUUAUGGGGCUGCAGGGCACCCUGGUGUCAUCCCACCCAAUGCCACUCUUAUCUUUGAUGUGGAACUUCUUAAACUGGAGUGAACGUGACAGGAGGAACCAAAAGCAGAGGGAAGAGGAGGCGGAUAUAGCCAGUCAUCUUAGAGAAUCCUGUUUCACUGUUCGUAGCAUCUUAAGUGUUCUACUUAUCUUCAGCUUCCUUGCCAACCUUGUCAUUU